AUGAGAAGGUUGCAAGAUUUUGACGAAUAUGUGAAGCAGAAAUUUGAAAGGGAGAAGAGUCGUCUUGCGAAAUAUCGUGCUGACGAUGGUUUCAUGCAAACCUUCUUACUGAUUGGCGUAAAUGCCGCCGUGUUGCUAAUGUGGAGGGUCAAAUCUUUGCAACCGUUCAUGUGGCGUUGGUUCACUAACAGCUUUGCCUCA